CUACAUUUCCCAGCCUGCCCCGGGGCGUUUCCGCCCUCUCCAGCCCAGGCUGCAGAAUGACGUCCACGUUUCGCUCUAGCUCAUCCCAUCCUCCCAUGGGACAUAGCAGAGAAAUGGCUGCAGUGGAGCCAGCUCAGAGGCCGGUGAUCUUCAAGACGGUGGCUGUGUAUUUCACCAGGGAAGAGGGGGCUCUGCUGGACCCCACUCAGAGAGCUCUGUACAGAGACAUCAUGCAGAACUGUGAGAAUGUGACCUCACAGGGGUUUCCAGUUUCUCAACCUGAUGUGAUCUCCCAGCUGGAACAAGGGGAAGAGUCAUGGGUCCCAGCUCUCCAAGGUUCAGAGGAAAGAGAGAUGCUGAGAGCUCCCUGCAUAGGUGAAGAAACAUUAAACCAACUCAGAAUCUCAGGUGACGCAAUGGUAUGUGAGAAAGAGGAGCAGAAUUCUCAGCAGGAAAAUAUUGAGCAAGUGGAUAAACACAGAGAAUUAUUGCAAAGAUCGAAAAGAAAUGUGUCAAAGAGUCAUGAGCAGGGAAAAUCAUGCAAGACUCAGCCCACACCAGAAAGAGAGCAGGGAAACCAGCCAGGAGAGAAAAUGGGUAAAUUUAUUUCCUGUCAGGGAACCACAACACAGCAGGAAAUCAUCAUAGGAAAGAGGGAAAGUACAUGCAGUGAGUGUUGGAAAACUUUCACUCGAAGAUCAACCCCGUUCUGUUCAUCAGAGAAUCCACACAGGGGAGCGGCCCUGUAAAUGCCAUGAAUGUGGAAAAUGCUUCACUAAGAGCUCAGCCCUUUCUGCACAUCAGAGAAUCCACAUAGGGAAGAUGCCCUUUGAAUGCCAUGAGUGUGGGAAAACCUUCAGUCGCAGCUCACAUCUUAUUCGGCAUCAGAGAUUCCACACAGGGGAGAGCCCCUUUGAAAGCAGUGAGUGUGGGAACACCUUAGGGCCCAAAGAAAUUUUGUCCAACUCCACUUCCUAGUUCAGUGUGUCUCAUUACCCUUUCAGAGGAUACCAGGGUUAGAUUGAGAACAAUCAUCCUUCACCGUUUGGAUCCAAAGAGAGAGUGCUUCAUAGGACAGUCCUUCCCCUUGGAUCCCAAACUGGCUGCCUGAGUGGAUAACAAGGACUUUCAGACUGUAGAAAUGAUGGUAACCAAGGAGACAACAAAUGUGUCAAGCUCCAAUUUCAGACUUCUGAAUACUCGCAUGUUGAGUCCUGAUUCUAAGGUUUUGUGUCUGACGCUCUAGCUACACAGUAAAGCUGAUGUUGGUGCAGCUAUAGCACUGCUAUUACAGAUGCUCUCCACCAAUGGGAGAAAUCUCUUCCCUAGGACUUUAUUAGUCCAGCCCCCACAAGCGGCGGUGGCUAUGUUGGCAGGCAAAACUCUCCUGCUGAUGUAGUGUUAUUUCACAGGGGAGGAGGGUUAUGUAACUACAUUUCUCACCAGUGUGUAUUUUUCACACCCCUGAGCAAUAUAGUCACACCAAUAAAUAUCUUUAGCAUAGACUAGACCUUAGUUUUCUCUUAUUUUAUGUAGUGUAAGGAGUUCUGGUAGAAAACCUCCCUCCAAAGGCUGGGUUGGGAGAAUGUGUGUGAGAAAGAUUGUUUAAGAGAAUAUUGGUCCAGUAUAGAUUUAAUUUUUUUGUAUUUCAGAUAGAACUUAUUUUGCUUAGCUUCAGAGUUAAUUUCUAUUAAAAGGAAAACUACUGGAGGAGACGAGUUGUAUAACUUUUUACCCACAUAGCCUGUAAGGGUCAUUGAGUUCCCCACUUCUCUAAUUUGCAAAGGAAAGGCAUGACAUCUGUCAAAGGAAAGCUGCAAUCGUCAACCAUCAAUAUCAAGGAAAAGGCUGGACUCCACUGCCUUUCAUAUCUAAAAGCCGGCUAGAGGCUGAUCUACAAUGAAAAGCUAUGUUGACAUAGCCACAUCUCUCAGGGGUGUGAAAAAUCUCCUCCACAGAGAAGUAGUUAAUGUGAGCCUCAGUGGAGACAGGCUUGGGUUGGGUUGUCAGAAGAAUACUUCCAGUGUUUGAAGUGUAGACAUAGCCUUAGGGCUGGUCUACAGUACGUGGUUAUUUUGGAAUUAGCCGAGUUAAUUCGAAAUAAAACUGAUUCCAUCCACAUGCCCAAAUCUUUUUUUUUUCAUUUGA